ACGGCCAGAAAUAAAAACGAAAUCACCAACCUGCUGAUGCUUUCCCUGGCGGCGAGCGAUCUUCUCUACAGCUCCAUCUUGAUGCCCCUGGGCACGCUGGAGAUCGCCGAGAACGGGAAGUGGAUCUUGGGAGACGGGCUAUGCGCUGCUCGACUGACCUUGCAUAAAAUCAUGUGCUCUGUGUCCGUGUAUCACGUGACCACCAUAGCCCUGGACAAGUACAUAGCUAUUUGUAAGCCCUGUUGUACAGGGUCUUGACCAACAGGACCGGGUAUGUGAUGAUCUUCACGUCCUGGGUGAUUCCGGCGAUUUGCUUCACGGCUUUGAACAUGAUCGACGGUGAGAAGCCCGACAUGACUAAGAAUAAAUUGCGAAAACCCAAACCAUGGACGGAGUACCUGCAAAUAUCACUGGCCGUCCUGGGUUUCUUUUAGCCUUUCGUGCUUGCGUACGCUUUGUAUUUCGGCAUCGUUAUUAAGGUUAAGAAGUUCCACAAGCGGAACCGGAAACGCGUAAGCCAGAUUUCAAGUCAGGUCGUUUUCACAGAGACCACACGGACGCUCCAAGAGAUCAUCCCAAUAUACAUGAUACCGCCGUCAUCUGGUAGUGUAGGAACACCGAUUAACACAGGAGAUUCGCGAACCGCCACACCCACGGCCACACCACAAGGACAUCUAAGCAGCCAGCAUCUAUUAGAAGGACACGGCCCGAGCCAAGCUAACAGCCACUCAAACAGAAACACCAAAGCGUACAAAACCGUCGGAUGUCUGCUGUUUUGUUUCACGGUCUGCUGGUUUCCUUGGUGGAUUUCCAUAUUUUUGUUUUAUCUCGUCAUGCUGGACUACGUCGAGAUGAUGAUACUGUUCUGGAUUGGCUACUCCACGGCGGUCUUCAAUCCCAUACUU